CUACUGGCUCGCGGGAUCUCACAUUUUCUAUCACUGGUGCGGCACAGAGAUCCGCAUCUUUCAUGUUCCGGCUAUUCAAUCAUGGAUCCCGAGGAGACGGGCCCACGCGCCCGUAUCAAGAUUGCGUGUGACGACUGUAGGAGGGGCAAGCGAAAGUGCGAUGGUCGCAAACCCAGAUGCACUUUGUGCACCAAAUCUGACCGCGUUUGUCAUUAUGCUUCUGAGGACUCAAGAAAACGUGUUUUUCAAGACGAAGAUCUUGUCCUCUCUCUGCGAGAAGAAAUCAAGGCAUUGCGUGAUGCUUUGAAAAACACACAGUCUGGAAACGUUGAACGUCAAAUGGUCGACCCAGACAUAAACCACGACACAAGGGACUCAUCAUUUGCCUUCGCCGGUCUCUCGUCUUCAAUAUCUGAAGGUUGUUCCACCCCGCUGGGAGAGGACCAGGCUUUCGAGAGCAGAUCAUCUCACGCUAUGAACGAGCUAUCUUCACUGAUGCUCCAGCUCGAUGUGGCGGACAUAGGAGAGCCCUCUUUCACUCUAUCAGCAAGCAAAGUGCCACAGACGAAGACAUCAAACAGUCCCGAUAUCAAAUUCGAUGUCGAAGUCCGCAAUGGAGACUGCGUAACUUUCGACGACAGGCAUUAUCUGAUAGAAUGUUUCUCGAAGACUUUUAACCGCUUUCACCAAUUCCUGGAGACAGACGAACUUGUGAACAUGGCACUUUCAGAACCCGCUGUUGGAGAUAUUGAUUUAACAUUCCGAAACAACGCUUUGUACGCCGUCGCUGCUUCAUGUUCUGAUAUUACACGAAUACAAAACUUAGAGAAGAGUUUCAAGAGUCGCGCUGAGGGAUUUGUCUUCCGCUGUAUCAAAGAAACUCCGACCGAUCUUGUGGUUCAAGGGCUUGCUCUGUUAGCCUGGACAGAGCUGCAAUCUGGCUGUGGAAGUAUGGCAUAUAACUGGAUUGCCAUGGCUACUGGACAAGUACUUCACCUAGGACUGCAUGCAAGUGCUCUCAAAUCAGCACGGCUUUCGGGACUUCCUGACCAAAGAGUUCAACAACGUCGUGUUAGAUCGUUCUGGGCAUACUUUUCAGUGGACAGACUAGUGACAUCCAGUCUCGGCAUGAAUUGCACCAUGCAUUGGCAACGAGUCAAGUCAACAUCGUUCACUUCCAUCCUUCCCACGGGAGCUACAGUAGAUGAAUGGGCUCAUGAACGCUUUUGUGAAAUGUGGCAUCUAUGGGACUCAUGUAUGGACCAAGGCUAUGCCUUUGGUUGGUAUCGCUUGAGUCAGACGGAGAAGGAGAAACUUGUGCUUCACUCUCACCAGACUCUGACCAAGUUCUAUGAAACCACGAAUGCCUACCUGCAUACUCCUGAAGAUCGUUUGUCUGAGACUGCAGUCUGGCUGCAACUCAGCUAUCAAGCCGCUCUUAUUCUAAUUCAUCGACCGCUUCUCUCAGAAGCAAGUGGCAGUAAGGCUGGCAGAUUUUCUUUGACGGUGGCUACUACUGCAGCUGCGGCCAUCUCUCGCACCGUUCGUGAGUUUGGCGCGACUCGGAAGUUCACAGCGAUUGCUCCACAAAUCAUUGACUACAUCUCCAUUGCCGCCACCAUGCAUCUCCUGAAUGCGACAUCUGGAAAGAAUCGCCUAGGCCGACAGUCUGCAAAUGGUCUUCGAACCUGUGUUCAGACCCUUUCAGAGAUGACUCCCACUUGGGAGAGAAGAGCACAAGAUUCUCUCCAGCACAUACAGAACCUUGCGCAUAGAUGGGAAGUGGUUUGGGCCUUGCCGAUACAGCACAGCCAAGUCUUGGCUUGUGGUGCUCGGCCUUUGAAUACGGAACAGGACUUUGGUGGUUUGGGGCCUGAAUCUCACGCGGCAGUUGACGUAUACAACGUUUUCGACGAUACUGCUUUAAACACUGCCGCUGAGACACUUUGGGGCACAGAAGGAACGGCAGACCACGACUGGAUCUUGCAGGCUGCUGAAGGGAUACCUCUCAGCAAUGAGGGCCUAUGGGAUUUUGACUGGCAACACUUGGGAGGAGCAUAGCAAGAGAUAAAGCCUAGUCAGUACAUACUCCCUGUCUGCAGAUCUCAUCGUUUGAGAGCGGGGCUGAUACUAAUGUCAACCAAUGUGAGCGUCUUGCUUCGAUAUCCGCCGCAAGCAGUAACUUCCGCUUUGUUGCGACGU